GGGGAAGUGCUGGGAACUGUCACGAGCAAGUAUCACUCGCAACCUGGCUGGGGGUGGUGCUUGAAAAAUGAUUUACACGCGUAAAUCAUAAAUUAUGUCCCAUUUCAAGUGGCCCGAAACGACCGAAGCGGAUGACAAAUGCAGAUGAUGACAAUGGAAAUAAUGAUGAUUGGGAGGGAUGCUGCUGACGAUUGAGACGACUGUUGUGAUGAUUACUUUGAUGGUUUUCAGAAUUGAACUCCUUUGUUUCGAUGGCUGCAGUUUUCAGUUCCAGUUCCGGCCAAAACCUGUCCGACUCUUAUCAGCCAACCGCCACCUAUCGACGUCAUUCAAAAUUCAACUCAAAAUCAAAUCAAUUCAAUUUCGAAUUUCACAUUUCAAUCGCUCGCAAUACACUCUCACACCUGUAGUUUGAUGGAAAGCCACGCAACAUUCAAUGCUAAUGAGCUGCCCGAUUCCGAUUCCGAUUCGGAUUCCAUUUCAGUUCGCGUCGGUCGCUGCUGGGCAUAGCACCGUUAAUAGCUCCGGGUCGUCAAAAUACCACCUGCUACCCAAGAACACCUGGAUAUAGCUUAUACAUAUAUACUAUACUCGAGUAUAUAUGGCAGCACAAUUGUCGUACGAUUAUCGCACGUCCGGCUGUCCGCUUUGUCCGGCUUAAUUAAUAGAAAAAUAUAUCUUUUUUGCGCACUGAUAACACGUCAGAGGCCGCUGGUAACGCAAAAAGGAAGUCGCGAUCUCUAGAUAAAGUCUGAAAGAUAUAUUUAGCUAUAGUACAAGGCGUUGCACGAUCGGUUUUUUCCGGGAAUAACCAUGCUGCAAAGUGAUCUCCGUGUACUAAAAUCCCUACUAAUUGUGUUCUUAUGGGCGUUGUCCUGUUGUCAAGUGCAAAGACCUAAUGGAAAACUGAGAAAAAAGAGUGCAACAAAACUGAAAAGAAAUACUAAAGAAAAAGCAGAGGAAAACGUUAAACAAUUUAAACAUCAUACCAUGGCCAUAGGGUUACGCUCUAUGGGCACUACAAGUGAUACCAAAGCUACAAGAAAAAAACCAACAACUACAACACUCAUCAACAACAGCAACAGCAACAAGCUCUACAACAAUAGCAACAGCAAGAGACGGGCAGAACAGCUGUUCCGUUGCGCCUGCGCAAACUUCAAUCUGCUGCUGCUAACGUUAAUGCUCGGCCUGGGCAAAUGUUGCACUGCCACGCCCACACCCACAACUGCAGCAGUAGCAGGAGGGCCAACAGCAACAACAACAGCGGCAGCAACAGCAACAGCAACAGCAGCAGCAGCCACAACACACCAACAAUUGCUGACUCCUGAAGGUGGCGGCUCAUUGAGCAGACUGCUCGAUGGCAAGACCUUCAUCAACAUGAGCUUCAAAUUUCUGAAUGUAUCUGGAAAGAUUGGCACGCCCCUCGGCAUAGGACAAGCUCUGGAGGCCAAGUGCGAUGAGAAGCAGUUCCAGUGCCGGAACGGGGAUUGCAUUCCCAUUCGAUUCGUGUGCGAUGGCGACGCCGACUGCAAGGAUCACAGCGAUGAACAGGUCACCGAAUGCAAGUUUUUGGAGGCCACCUGCUCCGCGGACCAAUUCCGUUGCACGAAUGGCAAUUGCAUACCGAAUAAAUGGCGCUGCGACCAGGAGAACGACUGUGCCGAUGGAUCCGAUGAGGCCACAGCACUGUGCAUGAAUGCCUGUCCCAACAACGAGUUCAAAUGCCAGACAGUCGAACAGUGCAUUCCGCGCGGCUGGCUCUGUGACGGCAACAGCGAUUGCCGCGACAAGUCCGAUGAGGCGCACUGCAAGGCACGCACCUGUUCGCCGGAUGAAUACGCCUGCAAGAACGGCGAGGGGCAGUGUGUCCCUUUGGCCUGGAUGUGUGACCAAAGCAAGGACUGCAGCGAUGGCUCCGAUGAGCACAACUGCAACCAAACCUGCCGCUCCGACGAGUUCACCUGCGGCAAUGGGCGGUGCAUCCAGAAGCGAUGGGUAUGCGAUCACGACGACGACUGCGGCGAUGGUUCCGACGAGCGGGAAUGUCCGGUGGUGCCCUGCGAUGCUGUGGCCGAGCACACGUGCACCAAUGGGGCAUGCAUCGCCAAGCGGUGGGUGUGCGACGGGGAUCCGGACUGCUCGGAUGCCUCCGAUGAGCGGUCCUGCGCCAAUGUGACCAAGACGACAACCCCCUGCCUGGCCCACGAGUACCAGUGCAAGGAUCGCAUCACCUGCUUGCACCACAGCUGGCUCUGCGACGGCGACCGGGACUGCCCCGAUGGCGACGACGAGCACACGGCCAACUGCAAGAACGUGACCUGUCGCCCGGACCAGUUCCAGUGCGGGGAUCGCAGCUGCAUCGCCGGACACCUCACCUGCAAUGGCGACAAGGAUUGUGCCGACGGCAGCGACGAGAAGGACUGCAGCCUGAGCUUGGGCACCACGAAGGGCGCCUGCAAUGCCACGAACGAAUUCAACUGCGGUGGGGGUCAGUGCAUCGCCCUGAGCAGGGUCUGUGACAAGCGGAAGGACUGCCCCGACGGCGAGGACGAGCCGGCUGGCAAGUGCGGCGUGAAUGAAUGCGCCUCCAAGAACGGGGGCUGCAUGCACCACUGUGUGGACCUGGCUGUGGGUCAUCGAUGCGAGUGCCACGAGGGAUACAAAUUAUCCGGGGAUAAGCGGACCUGUGUGGACAUCGACGAGUGCGAGAACCCGGGCACCUGCUCCCAGCUGUGCAUCAACGAGAUCGGAGGAUUCAAGUGCGAAUGCGAGGCGGGAUACAUGCGGGACCCGCGCAACCACACGCGUUGCAAGGCUGGCGAGGGCCACGCCUCUCUGCUGCUGGCGCGGCGUCACGAUAUCCGAAAGAUCGCCCUGGACCACAUGGAGAUGACGUCGAUCGUGAACAGCACCAAGUCGGCCACGGCCCUGGACUUUGUGUUCCGCACGGGGAUGAUCUUCUGGAGCGAUGUGACGACGCAGAGCAUCUACAAGGCGCCCAUCGACGAGGGCAACGAGAAGACCGUGGUGCUGAAGCAGUCUUCGGUGACCUCCGACGGACUGGCAGUGGACUGGAUCUACAACCACGUGUACUACACGGACACGCACAAGUGCACCAUCGAGCUGACCAACUUCGACGGCAACAUGGGCAAGGUGCUCAUCGAGGACGCGCUGGACAUACCGCGCUCCAUCGCCCUCGACCCCAUCGAGGGCUGGAUGUACUGGUCCGACUGGGGCGCCUCUCCGCGCAUCGAGCGCGCCGGCAUGGACGGCUCCCACCGCACCACCAUCAUCAGCUACGACGUCAAGUGGCCCAACGGCAUCACCCUGGACCUGGUGCGCAAGCGCAUCUACUGGGUGGACGGCAAGCUGAACGUCAUCUCGUCGGCCAACUACGAUGGCUCCCAGCGGCGCCAGAUCCUCUACUCUACCGAGUACCUGCGGCAUCCAUUCUCCAUCUCCACCUUCGAGGACUACAUCUACUGGACCGACUGGGACAAGCAGACCGUCUUCAAGGCCAACAAGUUCACGGGCGAGGGCGUGGAGCCCAUCACAGCGGUUCACAUGUUACAACAUCCCAUGGUGAUCCAUGUGUACCAUCCGUAUCGACAGCCCGAUGGCAUCAACCACUGCCAGUCCGUGAAUGGCCACUGCUCCCACCUCUGCCUGCCCGCCCCAAGGAUCAACGAGCGCAGUCCGCGCAUCUCUUGCGCCUGCCCCACGGGCCUCAAGCUGAUGGCCGACGGCCUCAUGUGUGUCGAGGAUCCCCUUUAUGUGGUCGUUACCAAGCCCCCACGAGCCCUAAAAACCAAACCGAAAACGAAAACUUCGGCACGGCGAUUGCCACCGAGGUUUACUGACAGACAGGCGACGGAUGUGCGAAUCGAGGUUAACGAUGAGCUCAGGCUAAGCACCAAGCUUCCACCUGCGGGGCACGGAAUACCCGUUGCCGACCAGCGUCCAGUGAAAAACCAAACACAAAUCGAAAAGACCACAGCUCCCAGUCCGCAACCGGAUUCGGGCUUCAUAGCGCUGGUGGUCAUCGCCAGUCUCAGUGGCUUUGCAGUCCUGCUAUCAGUGCUCCUGCUCAUUGGCUAUCGCUACUGCAGCAAGCGACGCAUCAACUCGAUGAACUUUGAGAAUCCUAUUUACCGAAAGACCACGACCACAGAGGAUCAUUUCAGUUUGCGAAAGAAUUUGCCAGCGCGCAUCUACGAUCAUACCAGUGUCAUGGAUGAGGAGUACUCACCCGUUAUAGGCAUAUCCUCGUAUUAGAACGGAGAAUGAUAGAUUUUUCCUUCGUUUGGUUGGUUUUUAAGAUACGACCAAAGCAGACACGAGAAUAAGUAGCGGACCCGCAGAAGACACACGCCUGAAGACUGAGCAACUCUGUGUAUUGUGUAAAUUAAUUAUUUUAACAUUUUAAGGCACGGCAAGGACACGGCGGGUCACUUGGAGGGAGGCGUAUCCUAAGAGGAUGCUGUACAGAAAUACUACGUCGCAGAGUUCUAUCACAAGAGCAAAACACACACACACACACAGUCUAAAUAAAACACAAAUUGAGAUGUUUAAUAAGAAAUCUAAUUGAUAAUUAUAAAUUACAUAAAUAGUUCCAAACUGUAUAUAGCUGUAAGUGUGCAUUAUUUUUAAAAGAAGCAAACCAAUUAAUAUUACUAUAUAUAUAAAUAUAUAUAUACAUAUGACGAUUGUGGUCGUAGUGAUCAUGAUCUAGUACUAUUAGAGCGCGUUGAGAAAUUAUAUUUCUGUGUGUUCGAUGAGCAGAAUCGUUUUAUUAUCACUAUUAUUACUAUUUACGUAUUAACCUUUUGUUAACUGUAUUUGUUAAGUGUACAUACAGAAUACAUAUAUAUGUAUAUGUUUCCCCCACUAAAAGAUACAAGAUGAUACAUAAUAAACUCAGACAUACUUAUGUGUAGUAUAAAA